UCGCUGUCAAACUUUCAUUCGUUCACAACGUUCACAAUUCAUUUUUUCACAACCCAAGCAAACAAUUCGAUAUUUAUUUGUUUACCAACGCUUUCCCGUAAUUUACAAACUUUAUUCGCAUCUAUUUUAUAGUAAACCGCUAUCAUGAAAAACGUACCGCUUGAAUAAAUCAGUGAAACAUGUAACAAUUGUACAAUAAUCAAUGUUUACCUAAUCCACCUCCAAAAGCCACUAUUUUCACAAAAAUGGAGCGAAUUUGUAGACUAUGCUUGCAGGAUGGCCCCAACUUAGGACUAAUAGAAGAUUAUGCAGUUGAUUGGGCUGAUCAAAACGAAGCUGAACCAGAGGAUUUCUCCCAGCUCAUCCUUCGCUAUUUGUCCAUUCAGGUAGUUAAGCAAGAACCCACCUCGGAUACAGUGAUUUGCAGCAGUUGCCGUUCCGCUAUUUUAGACUGGCAUAAUUUUCGAGAAUGUUGCCUUCGGAAUGACGGAAUAUAUUUAAAACUUCUUUCUGAAGUUUCGUCGGUAGACCAAGAGCUGCUGCUGGGAUUAAAUACUGCCAAACACGUUAUUCGAACAGACAAGCCGAAACAAGAAGAAGUAACUGAAGAUUAUCAGGAACCAAUUGAUAACGAAAAUCGCAAUUCGUCGCCAAUUGAUUUCUAUGAGGUUGAGAUAGAAGAGCGAGGGGGCUCAACUAGUUAUGACAACGAUCAUGAGCAGCAACCGGAGCAGGAAUCCAUUGAAGAAUUCCCUUCAAAAAUACCUCUUAAGAAACGCGGACGGCCGCGAAAAGAGCGAGUAAAUCGAGAGCCUUGUGUUAAACAACAACCAAAUGCUUCUGAAGUUGUAAAAACAGGAAAGAAGCGCGGCAGGCCCAAAUUGGCUGUUAAAACAGAGAGAAGAGCAGAAGUAUGCCCGAUGUGUGGAAAGUUUAUCAAAAACAUGUCCGAGCAUAUGAGAAUCCAUAACAACGAAAAGAGACAUCAGUGUCCGUUUUGUCCAAAAGCGUUCGUAAGCGCCUCCAAUUACAGUUCACAUGUUAAUAUCCACACGCGCGCGAAGAUGUACAAAUGCGAUUUGUGCGAUAAACAAUACCCUAUGCUAAACGGGUUGAAACAGCAUCGAAUAACGCACUUCAAGGAGCGAGUAUAUCUCUGUCCUGUUUGUGGCAAGGCUUAUUACCAACCUACCGGGCUGGCACGGCAUAAACGAACUCAUUUCGAGGAGCCGAAAAUCAAGUGCUCCGAGUGUGAUAAAAUGUUUCUUUCUAAUGGUGAUCUCCGUAAACAUUUUACUAAGCACUUGGAUGAGAAACCUUUUGCUUGCGAAAUCUGUAGCAGGGCGUUUAGGAGGAAGGACAAUUUGGUAACGCAUAUGAAAACCCAUCGAUUGAAUGCUAAACAAGGUAGUGCCACUGUUCUGCAAAGUGAUGUUCCACCGUCGAAUGAACAAUCGGUGGAAGCCGAAGGUUGAGAUUGAAGGUACUCUUCAUAUAUUGCGUCUGGUUCACACUAAUACCGCAAUAAAAAUAGAUUAACACAG